GGGACAAGAAGAAACCUCAGUCAUGUUAGCGGCUGUAGUCCGCGCUGCGUUAUGAAUCAUAUGACUGCAAGAAUUCCCAAACUUCCUGUUCGAGCACAACAGAGUGAAAGCAAGAGAAACACCGUGAGUCCCAUGUUAAAGCAAAGACAGUCACCCAGAAAAGCGUCUUGCUGGAGACAAUGUGCAUAAUCUCUGGAGAAUGGAGGAGCUGAUAGGAGACAGGAGAGUUGAGGACGAAAGGAGUUUGAUAAAAACACCAUCUAAUGUCCCAACCAGCAACCAAGAAAAUGACGUGCCCACAUCCACAGAUCAGAUCCAGCACAAGACGCCAUGUUUUGUGUAUACCCUGGCUUUUUUCUCGGCUCUGGGUGGAUUUUUGUUUGGCUAUGAUACAGGAGUGGUGUCUGGAGCCAUGCUCCUGCUCAAGAGAGAGAUGAACCUCAGCUCUCUAUGGCAGGAGCUGCUGGUCUCCAUCACUGUUGGUGCUGCGGCCCUUUCCGCUCUGGCUGGAGGGUAUCUCAAUGGACUUUUCGGCCGGAGAAUCUGCAUUCUGCUUGCUAGCUUCAUCUUCUCUGCUGGAGGCAUCAUUUUGAGUGUCGCACACAACAAAGAGGUUCUUCUGUGUGGAAGGCUCACGGUUGGGCUUGGCUUAGGAAUUGCAUCUAUGACUGUGCCCGUGUACAUCGCUGAGGUCUCCCCUUCUCAUCUCCGAGGUCAGCUGGUCACCAUUAACACUCUGUUUAUCACUGGAGGGCAGUUCAUAGCCAGUGUGGUGGACGGGGCCUUCAGCUACCUGCACCAUGAUGGCUGGAGAUAUAUGUUGGGUUUGUCUGUUGUUCCCGCCGCCCUGCAGUUCAUGGGAUUCCUCUUCCUCCCUGAGAGUCCUCGUUGGCUCCUGCAGAACGGAGAUACCCAGAAAGCUCGGCUAGUGCUCAGUCAGAUCCGUGGCAGUGUAAAUGUGGAUGAAGAGUAUGAAAGCAUACGGAGCAGCAUUGAGGAGGAGAGGAAAGAUUCUGCUGGUGGUACAGUGUUGUGGCGUAUCCUGACAUACGGUCCAACACGUCGUGCUCUAAUUGUGGGUUGUGGCCUACAGAUGUUCCAGCAGCUCUCAGGAAUCAACACGGUCAUGUACUACAGCGCCACCAUUAUUCAGAUGUCUGGAGUGCAGAAUGAUCAGAUGGCCAUCUGGCUGGCUGCUGCCACAGCCUUCACCAACUUCCUGUUUACUCUAGUAGGCGUUUGGCUCGUGGAGAGGGUGGGCCGUAGGAAGCUGACUCUAGGCAGCAUACUAGGUACUGCUGCAAGUCUGAUGGUUCUCGCUGCGGGUUUUCUGCUCUCGGCUCAGGCCUCUCCACCCGUGACCUUUCAUUCUAGUGACUCCUCCCUCCACAACUCCACCUGCAUUACUUAUGGGUUCUGUGAAUCCUGCAUGUUGGAUCCAGAUUGUGGUUUCUGCUAUGGUAAGAAUGGCACAGCCGUGGCUGAGUCCUCAUGUAUGCCUGUAGAUGCAGCCAACACUGAGACCGCUGCAGCGGGCAGGUGUUCCAAUGGCACACAGGAGAGUGCAGGUAUAUUCUGGGCCUAUAACUACUGCCCAACGUCUUAUUCCUGGAUUGUUCUGCUGGGUCUCAUUCUGUAUCUGGCCUUCUUUGCCCCAGGUAUGGGUCCUAUGCCGUGGACGGUGAACUCUGAGAUCUAUCCACUGUGGGCUCGGAGUACAGGAAACGCCUGCUCUGCUGGGGUCAACUGGAUCUGUAAUGUCCUUGUGUCUCUGACCUUUCUCCAUGUGGCCCAGUACCUGACAUACUACGGUGCGUUCUUCCUGUACUCCAGUCUGGCUCUGCUGGGCUUUGUGUUCAUGGUGGGCUGUCUGCCGGAGACCAAGGGUCUGCGUUUGGAGGAGAUCGAGUCUCUGUUUGGUAGACAACUCUGCAGCUGUGGAGCCAACGGCAGUCAGGGCAUUCAUUACAUCAGGGUAAAGGGAGGAAACUACCGCUCUGACGAAGACGUUACUGAUGACGAAUAGAUCUUUAGCACAACAUUCUGCUCUGUCUUUUCUGAUGAGAAUGAUUCAUGGUGUGAGGGAUGCUGUGGUUCUUAUUCCAGAGAUUCAACAUUCCAGUUGACUUAUAGAAUAAAUACUGAUUCAGUUAAACUACAUCAGUCCUUUUAUAAACAAAUUAGAUUUUAUGAAGAUGUUAUCUGAUAUUUAUGUGGUGAUAGUAUUUGCACAUGUACAGAUGAGCAGUGUUAAUGUGUUGUUUACUUAAGUAAAGGAUGUUUUAUGCACAGCAGGACUGACUGGAUUUAUGAGAACGGGAAGUGAGCUAAAAUUGUUAUACAAAUUAUCGCUCUGGAGUGCGAUCCAUGUGCAUAUACAUUAUUAAACUAUUGGGAGAAAGAGCAAAUAGAGUUUGUUCUUUUCACAGUGUAUAGAGCUUGUAAAUCUUCUUGAAAUUCUAAUUUUAAACCUUGAAUAUUUUACACAAAAAUGAAUUAUGCACCUUAACUCUUCUUUUUUUUCUGAAAAGCCCUCAACUCACAUUCUCAUAUUCAAACUACAUUUAGACGCAUGGUCUAAACCCCAUAAUUAAAAGAAUAGUUCAGCCAAAAAUGAAAAUUCUGCCCCCUUCAUGUCAUUCCAAACAUUUAAAAAAAAUUGUUUUAAAUAUUUAGGUUUCGACAGUUUAUAGUGACCAUGAGCUCCAAAAAGGACAAAAAAUGCACUAUAAAAGCACCAUAAAACAAAUAUGAAUUAUACAUGCAUAUAUAUAAUAAACACAUAAAUAAACAUUUACAUAAAUGAAAAUCAAGAAAUAGUCAUUUAAAAUAAAAAAUGACAGCAAACUGGUAAAAUAAAAUAAUGGCAGAUUUUUCAUUUUGGCUAAAUUGUGGAAGUGGUUUCUAGGAUGCGAGCACGUAUUGGUGGUGGUGGUGACCAAUGAUUUUGUACACUUGGUGUUACAUUAGACUGCAGUUAAAUGAAACUGGCAGUGUUUGAUUUUCCAGCCCCGAUUGGAGUUGGGAGUGUUGCAUUAUUCUACUUUGGAACCAGAGGGCAGAAUUUCCUACAUAUCAGUGAGUAUCAGUAAAAAAAAAAUCCACACUCCAAAUAACAUUAAAUACAAAAUGUUUAUGCAUUAAAUACUGCAUUUUUGCUUCUUAUUAUUAACUGGGGAACAAGUUGAUUAUUAUUAACUUGGGGAAAAAGGUCAGUGUUUGUUGUGUGGACCAAUUCAAGUAUUGUCAACUCAGAUUUUGUUUUUUAAAUAUUUCUCUGCUGCAGUUGCAGUAAUGAUGCCCUUGCAUGUGGACUUGAAGAUUCAUUGUUUGGAAAUAAUCAAACUGUUGUAUCAUAUCAUUUCUGUUGCAGAUUUUACACUUAUUUAAGAGUUUUAAUAUGCAUUUCUUUCUGGUAUUACAGUUUCAUGCUGUGCACAAGUCAUUUUUGGUACAUGCAUGAGUUUGUUACUACUUAUUCUGAUGUUCUCAAUAACAGAACAUCUCAAUAGUUUAGCCAUGUUUAAUGUGAACAGGAACUAUUUCAGGAAUGGCACAAAGGUGUGUGACUGUUCAAGUCUCUGUGUUUAGAUCAGUGUGCCCAAUAAUGUGCCUUUUUGUCCUUCAUUAUGUACUGUGUUUAAAUGAAAUAAAAACCAAUCAAAAAAGUCA